UUCUCUGCAUCUGCAUCUGUCUCUGAAUUCCCCUACCUUUUGGGGAAUACAAGAGAAAUCAAAUUUCUUCUCAUUUUCAUAUAUAUUCAUUUUCUUGAAUUUUGAGAUAUAUUGAUCCUCUUGUAAGAGACAGAAUUCAAUUCAAUGCCUCCUUUGGAGGAGCCAUUUUUGCAUUUGACCCCGCAUAGAACCAACAUCAAUCGUGCCUAUAUUCAUCUUAAGAAUCGGCAUUUUUCCUCUACCACUACGUUUUUCCUUUGGGCUUUGUUUUUCGUAGCAUUUACGACGUCGUAUUUGAGCUUCAUUGAUUCGGGUCACCGCUUUCUCCACCUGCCUACCUCCUGGGAGAAAAACGUUCGUUCAUCAGCUCAUAUAUGUCGUGCUAACGGGCUUUCUGUACUUGUUACCGGGGCAGCAGGCUUCAUUGGUACACACGUGUCCCUGGCGUUGAAAAAGCGUGGAGACGGUGUUGUGGGGGUUGAUAACUUUAACGAUUACUAUGGACCAUCUUUGAAAAGAACACGACAGGAUUUACUUGAGUUUCAUGGCGUUUUCAUCGUCGAUGGUGACAUCAAUGACCGACGCCUUUUAGCUGCACUUUUUGAUACAACGUCAUUUACCCACGUAAUACACUUGGCUGCACAAGUAGGUUUACAAUAUGCUGUCGAUAAUCCGUACGCUUACGUUCAUAGCAAUAUAGCUAGUUUCGUUACGCUUCUAGAACAAUGUAAGUCAGCUGACCCGCAACCAGCCGUUGUAUGGGCCAGUUCUGGUGCAGUCUAUGGCGUACAUAAUAAGGUACCAUUUUCUGAAACAGAUCAGGUCGACGAACCUGCUACGAUUUACGGUUCCACUAAAAGAGUUGGAGAAGAAAUCACCCGUACGUACAAUCGCCUUUACGGGUUAUCAAUAACCGGGUUAAGAUUUUUCACGGUCUAUGGCCCAUGGGGAAGACCUGACAUGGCCUAUUUUUCAUUUAUCCGGAAUAUUAUAGAGGGCAAACCAAUAACUAUUUACCGGGCCAGUAACCAGGUUAAGUUAGCCCGAGACUUUGUAUAUAUAGAUGACAUUGUGAAAGGGUUUAUUGCAUCAUUGGAUACAUCCGGUAAUAGUACUGGGUCGAGCGGGGCAAAAAAUGGAAGUGCCCCUUAUCGGAUUUUUAACUUGGGUAAUACGUCCCCAACGACUGUACCUGAUUUGCUGACGAUUCUCGAGAACAUUUUGAAAAUGAAAGCGACAAAAGAGGUGGUGGACAUGUGUGGAAAUGGCGAAGAUAUAUUUGCACGAGUUAAUAUCAGUUUGGCCGAGAGGGAACUUGGGUAUAAGCCAAUAACUGAUUUGAAAACCGGGUUGAGAAAGUUUGCUAAAUGGUACUUGUGGUAUUAUGGCCAAACCAUUCGUCAAUGACCGUAGCGGUUGAUUUAAACAUGUAAAUUAAAAGUUAGACGAUGUUUUUGAGACGUUUUAAUGUUACAAGCAUUUGGUGCUUUAAGUAAGUUCAAUUUGUUUGUCAGUAUAUGUAUUAGAAACAGGUGAAUGAUGAUUGUAACUGUUCAAAUGUAUUUGUUGAAAGUUAUUGGAAUUUUU